AUGCCAUUAGUCGAUGUACCUGACGCUAAUAUCGAUCCUGAUGGUGUUUUCAAGUAUAUAUUAAUAAAGGUGACAGAAAAAGCUUCGAAGGAAGAAAAACUGAUCGUACGUGGAUACGCUCGCUGCGCUUAUCAUGGAGAUGUGUUGGAUGAAACGGAAAAGGAACUUGGGCCAGAUUACGAAUUGUUAUGUUUGGGUGGAGGUAGGAUAAAGCAUGAGUCAAAAAAUCACACAAUAUUAGUCUAUGGCUAUUCACAGGGUUAUGGUCCAGCAAAUCAUCAGAAAAGUGUCGAUAUCUUGAAAAAGAAAUAUCCAGAUUACAAAAUCACCUUCUCUAACGAGGGUUGGAUACUGAGUGCUUCGAACAUUUUGCAUUCAAUGUCAUUAGAAAAUAUUCCGGAUGUGGACAUAGACCCGGAAGGUUUAUUUAAAUACAUAAUGAUCAAGGUCACUUCGAAAUCAACAGGCAACGAGAAAUGGAUUGUUCGAGGCUAUAAACAUUGUAAAUGGCAUAAAAAUAUUUUUGAACAAACUGAAAAAGAAAUUGGCUCUUCUUUCUCACUGAAAUGCGUUGGUGGUGGACGCAUAAAUCAUGAACCUCAAAAGAAAAGUCUGUUGGUUUACGGCUAUUCACAGAGAUAUGGUCCGGCAAAACAUGAGCAAGCAGUAAAUUUAUUGCAGAAGAAAUAUCCAGAAUAUAAAAUUACAUAUUCAUAUGACGGUUACUGA